AGCUUCUCCUGCCUAGCAGCGGGACAAUGGCCCUAAAAUCAAUAGACCCAGACUUCUUUGUAAACAAUUUCACCUAGCGACGAAAUCGACAACGACACCGACGACAAACGACACCGACGCACCUCUCAAUCCCAUCGACCACGAAGCGAUCGCCUCCCAAGACUUCCAGGAUUCCAUCCGCCCAGUAGUCGCCUGUGAAUGGGAAGAAGCGCAAUCCGACGAGAUGCCGCGUCUAGUGCGAAAGAAGCCGCUCUCUGAGCGCCUGAAGGCCAUGCUGAACCCCAUGGACUUCUUGCUCUGGCUGUCGGAAGAAUUGGAGACGAGAGAUUGGGAUUCUAAGGCACUGGGAACACAGCUCGGGCUCGGCUGCAACUUUAUGUUUCUCCUUGCUAGAGCUAACUGUGUGGCAUCGGAGGUCGAGGAUGAUGUGUUCAGCGAUGGAAGCUCCGGGGGCAUCGUCACCUACAUUGUGCGUCCACUCGUUUGGAUUCUCGGCCUCCUCUCUGUCGCCAACGCCUUCUAUACCAUGUCGAGGACCAGGCAGUACCGAUUAUUCCAAGUCAACGUCGAAGACAAGCCGCACACCCCCUCAGCCCAACGAGUCAAAGCCAGGUCCGACCCGGCCGUCUCUUCGCCCCUAAGACUCUUGAACAACCUCCUGUCUUCCGAGACUGCCGAGUCGCGAGCCCAUCCCGACAGAUCACACGACGUUUGGGAGCUUAGCGUCUGGGAUCCUCUUCCGGUCUCUCUGCAGCUCUUCUGCCUUUUCAGCCCUGGCCACGUCCUCGUCUAUAUGAUGUUCCUCCCUUUGGUGCCCUUGGAUCCCAGACCGAGCGUCACGGUCUUCAACUGCAUUGUGCUGCAACUCAUUCUUUCCGUCCAGCUGAUUUUCGUCCAAACUCGGUAUGCUCAGCAAAUCAAGGACACGGCCAUCAUCCACAAGGAGGUCCUCCACGAGUACGACACCAAGUUCGUGCGGCCACGCCUUCACCCGGUUGUUCGCGAUGUCGGCACACAGUGUUCGCCUGAAGAGGCUGAGGAUGAAGAGUCCUUUGUCGAACUGGGAACGCCUACGACGGUCAUCAAGAAGGAGUUCGUGGUUACACCUAAUCCUCAUGUCAAGCAGGAGGACCCGGUUCACACUCCUCCAAUUAGCAGCUUCGCAUCCCGUCUCUUUACUCCGACGUCUAACAGGCGAUCCGAGUCCUUCACCCCUGUGCCCAGUACUCGCUCGGUCCGGCAAAGUCUCCCGCCGGCACCCAUGUAUCAGUCUACCUCAACGUCGACCGCGAACACCGGAGCAACGAGCUUUGGCGGAAAUUUGGGUGUAUUCAACCAUGCGAACUCGCCCCUGAAGAAGACGUCGAGUCUGAAUGAAAUAAACCAAGGCUUCAUGUCGCCCCGUAACUCGAGAGAAAUGGCUGCUCGGGAACAGCGUCGAGGAAGCCCGCUGAAGCAGUCCGAGACUAGAAGAUCGACUGGCUCAGAUGCUCUCGACCAUACGAGCGCUCCCGAUUACAACCCCUUUGCCAGCGCGAAGAGAAAUAGAAGCAAUCAACAAGGGGAACGGUACCCUUCUAGAUGGUCGGGUUUCCACUGAGAAGGGUUUAACUACGUGGCAUGAGAGAUGGGUGAAAUUGCUCUGGGGAGACUUUUUGCUUGAUUGCUUCAAAUUUAUUUACAGCAGCAUAUGGCGGCGUUGGGCUGGUUCGGGCGGAUGGUCAAUUCCUGGGCCGGCGUUCUUCUUUGUUAAUCAAAUACUCGAGUCUCAAGACUGAAUUUGUAUUCUCCUCG